AUGUCGUCUCUUCGAUUCCUUUCGCCUUUUCUCCCUGCGCUCACGGCCUUGAUAGGCUUGGGAGGCUUCAUUGUCGGGAUAUACAGCUUCACCGCGCCAAUUUCUGCGGCCCAGAUCUACGGUGUUCAACUGCCUGCGAACACCGCGACCAGGAGCUUCCCUUCAAAGAAGUCCGAUGAGCCUGCGGCUGUAGACAGGAACAACUCACAGCAUGUGGCGUACAUUUAUGCCCACGGAAUUCGCAAUUUCGCGAUCGGGCUGGCCAUCAUGGGUCUCACGGCUUACUGGCAAUGUCAGACAUCUCUUGCCGCCCAGUCUACAGCCCAGCGGUGUCUAGGUAUUGUGAUCAUGGCCGGAUCAUUGACACCGGUCGUCGAUGCUGUUGUCGUCUGGCAGGCUGCGCAGAAAGACAAGGCGGUGGAUAUGGAGACAGGUAGGAAGGCAGCUCGACUCCAUGCACUUCGGUCUCUGGCCUGGUUAGCCACAGGUCUCUGGUGCUUGUUUGGUUGA